AUGAGAUUGCUGCUGCUGUAUUGUUUGUCCUUGCUGGCCGUUGUUUCGUCAUCAGAAAGCGGGGAAGAUAAAUUGUCUCUUCGUGUGGCUCGACAGCGAACAGAUACCCGGAUCCGUCAGCCUGUCGAGCGAAUUGUGGACAAGAAGGCCCUGAAAGAGAUAAAUGGAGAUGCGCUAUCCAAAGAGUUUAUCUAUCACCCUCCUGGGCACGAAGCCAACGUAGAGGACUACCCCUUCUUUGCUCACUGGUCCCAUGCGAUGUGUGGCGCCUCCAUUGUUGCCGAAGACAUUCUUUUAACUGCAGGACACUGUGCCCGCAAGGCGGUGGAUCCUCUCAAGCGCAAGCAAGUACGGAUGUUGAGCACACACCGUGAAACCGGCGGUUUUACCCGUCACAUUGCUCAUUUGGAGAUACAUCCCAAGUACAAUCAAUACGUUCAGGAAUUCGACUUCCAACUCAUCAAGGUGGACAAGAGUCUACUAGUCGAUGACAAUGGUGUUGCCACGGGAGCCAAGCUCGUCAGGAUCAACAGAAACUCCCAAAAUCCCGAACCUGGAGAUCCUGUUCAAGCAGUUGGCUUUGGGACGGUAACACCUGAUGGCACUUCCGGAAACUCGAUGGUUCUCAUGGAUGCUACUCUUCAGGCAUUUGCCAAUGAUCACUGCCAUAAACAAUAUGGACCUGGAAGGAUUGUGGAGGAGAUCAUGAUGUGUGUCGGGAGCGAGGAUGGUUCCGUAGACACCUGCCAAGGUGAUUCUGGGGGGCCCAUGCUUGAUAAGAACAACGUGCAACUUUCUGUUGUCAGCUGGGGUCAAGGGUGUGCUCAAGCUGACCAUGCUGGAAUUGGGAGUCGAGUCAGUGCCAUUGCAGAUUGGAUCGAUGCUCAAAUAUGUCGUCUGAGUGCGUUUCCGCCAACGUCCUGCACGCCCAAGGACACGGUCAGCUACAACAAUCGUCUCCCCAUGAUGAAGGAAGGAGGUGAUGACACCCAACAGACGCACGAAGACACCUUUGAUUUGCGAAUCACAGUCAGUCACGACAAAUUUCCCAAAGAGACUGCAUGGAGCCUUACUCACAAGGAUUCCUUCACUCUCCUUUACUUGCAACCCUUUUCAAGCGUGUUCGAGCCAUAUGCUUCUGUUUCCCAUGAGUUCCACAACCUAACCACUGGUGAGUAUCUCUUUGAGAUUGGCGAUUCUGGGGAGGAUGGAAUCUGCUGCGAAGAUGGAGAUGCUUCCACUAUCACCAUCUUGAAUCAAAACACCAACAAUGUACUCUGGGAGCAUCCUGGUAAGUUCGAAGCCUAUCUUGGCGUCACGUUGAUUAUUGGAGGCGAUGGUAAAGUAGUGGAUAAGUUUGUCUCCACUGAGUUUAUCAGCCCCGGAAAGAAUGCUACGAUGACGAAUUCACAAAACUAUGUUAAUGACCCCCAACACAACGACAAGGACUGGCCCGGAAAGUUCCCUGAAACGCAAAAAAGCCUGACAGUGAAUAUCAAACACGAUAACCGUCCUUAUGAGGUACAAUGGUCGCUACAUUACUUGAAAAACAUUUCAGCCCCUGCAGCGACACAACGCGUCAAGGACGGUGCCAACGUAAUCGAUGAUUUGUGGCACAUGUUGCCCUUCGUGAAUUCGCAAGACGAAGAAGCAAGUGAAGAUGAGAGUAAUGGAUCAUCAUCAUCGGAGGAGGAGGAGGAGAGCACUUCGGGUACUACGUCCUCUGAUAACCAGUGGAGUUCGAUCUAUUCCUCUCCGCCAGCAGCCAAGGAGCAUUCAAGCACCCUAGAAAGCAAGACGUUUUCGAACCUCAAGCCUGGGUUGUAUCUGUUUACCCUCCAUGAUACUGAGGGAGAUGGCAUUUGUUGUGACUACAGAUUUGGAUGGACCACCAUAACGACUGACACUGGUAAGGGUCUUGAUAUUGAAGGUCAUCAUCACAAGGUUUUGUGGCAACACGAUGGUGAGUUCAACUACAGAAUACAGGCAACCAUCAAGUUGGAUGAACAAGGAACUUUUGAAGUGGUCUAUUCAGAAAGAAGGAAGUGA